UCUUGUCCCGCUGGUGACUUGUGCUGUCAGUCCCCUCCUGCCUUCUCUGUUGGACCAGUAAAUAUCACGCUUUGGUUGGACAAAGCUCAGCUCUCUUACACAGAACCAUUCAUCUACAAACCUGACCCCGUGGUCCAUAGUAUCCAGCCUAAUUGCAGCUUAGUAAGGGGGACGUCGCUCACCAUUCAGGGGUCCAACCUGGAUUCAGUCUCCAAAGUCACCGUCUCCUUUAAAGGCAUGAAGAAGGUGUGUGACGGACCCAUUUCUCCAACCCGCAUCCUCUGCUCCACCCCA